GCAUCUUCGUCGACAUUGUUGCAACAUUAUGAAGUCUGGUUCCUACAUCUGUCUACCUCUAAGUUCAUAUUCUGUCGUCUUUUACUCUCUGGCCCUUCUCUGUGCCCCAAAAGCCCUUCCAAUCUCUCCUUCCGGUCACCCCCAGCCACGCUUAGGUUGUUCCGUUUAUCUGCUUUCUCUGUUGGCCGACCAGCCCCAUUCCUAUAGUGACAGCGUCGGCCUCGGAGUCAAUCUCGAAUUGCUCAUUUGUGCACAUCAUGACUCACCCGUCGGAUCAGCACCCUGUUGAAAGGGACACGUAUGCCCACGAUCUUGAAUUCGAUACCAACGACCAGCCUCCAGAGAACGACCAUGUCGCCGGCGAUGGGAACGAUGUGGAACAUGGACCUGAUUCAGCAGGAGCCACAGCAAGCUCCAGAAACCAGAAUCUACGUCGCACUGCUCAAGCGUUCCCCGAAGACUUUGCUAGCCCGCAGACCAUCUUUCGGGCUAUUCAGACGUCCAAAGAUAUGGGCCACGCGAAGAUGGCGGAGAAUAUACAUGACCGACCAUCUUCCUCCGUCACCUUUGAACGAAGACUGGUCAGGAUCAAGGGACUGGAGGAUGAAGUCGAUUCGCUGCGAAAUGAGCUUGAGAGUGUCAAGUAUAGCUUGACCCUCAUGCAAGAGGUAGUAAAUGACUACGAAUCUGAUAACCACGUGACCCGCGCCGACCUUUCAAAGACGAUGCUCAAGGUGAAAGCUGACAGCGAUGAUCGACAUUUCGAGUCCCGAAUGAUCACAAAUGAACUCCACAAUCUCGGCAAUGAUUAUCAAAGACUAACUCAGAGGAUCGACUAUCUCCAGAGACUCGUCAAGGACUACGAGAGGGACUGUUCCGGUGCCAAGCGCUACGCAAAAGCUCUCGAGGCGCGGAUCGACAGGCUCGAAGCGAAAAUAGGGACUCAGAAGAGUCCACACGCAGAGCAUCGGCAGAUCCCUGGGAGGGCCCUCGGUAUGCGUCACAUGUACCCCGACAAUCUCGCGAGACUCCGAGGCGGCUUUUUCCGCGCUGAGGGGUGGGAGGACCGAGCAAGGGUGGGCAAUGAGAUAGCGCACGAUGCGGAUUUCCUCGCAGGCUUGGGGAAUUCUCGGGAGAAGAAUCGAGCGGGCGAUGGCCUCUUUGAGAGUCGGUAUGGACUUGCACCGCAGUGGAGCGAGGAAAUACUUUUGGAGUAUGAGUCCUUCGUCAAGGUUUUGAGUCUGUAUGCCUCGGAACAUUUGAAGAAAGUUGAAGUGAAGCUGAGUGAGGACUUGGAGAGGGCUCAUAGUAAGGCGGUGGAACUCGCUAACAACAACAAGAUGGAGGCGGAGAAGGUGUGCAAGAAGUACUUGGAAGAAAGGUCCAGGAUUCAGGCGGCAUUAGCCUGCUCCGCGUGCGAGAAAUUGAAUCUGCUGUUAGCUGAAACCACCCCCCCGCCCCCAACCUACAACUUUGCGUCCCGAAUCACCGGAGUCCCAGAGGCUGGAUCCAACAUAUUCCUCAUCCGCAUCCAGAUGGCCUCACUCAACCGCCCCUGCGUCCAAUACCCGUCCGUCCGCCCCUUCCACGUCACCAUCACAUCGUCCAUCACCACCCCGCACGCUGUCAGCAUCUGA